UUCAAAGGCAAAAUGUCAAAUCCAGAAAAUUACAAAGAAGCAAAAUCCAUUUACGAAUUUUUUGCGAAUGAUAUAAAAGGAAAAGAAAUAUCGUUGGAAAAAUAUAGGGGGCAUGUGUGCAUUAUUGUAAACGUGGCUUCUCAAUGUGGUUUUACUAAAAAUAACUACGCUGAACUGGUGGAAUUGUUCAACCAAUACUCCGAAAGUAAAGGAUUAAGAAUCCUUGCGUUUCCUUGCAAUCAAUUCGCUGGUCAGGAACCUGGAGACAAUGUGCAAAUUUGCCAGUUUGUAAAAAAUUUAAAUGUUAACUUUGAUGUUUUUGAAAAAAUCAACGUUAACGGAGCGGAUACUCAUCCAUUGUGGAAGUUUUUAAAAUACAAGCAAGGAGGCACUUUGGGUGACUUCAUUAAGUGGAACUUCACAAAGUUUAUCGUCGAUGAAAAUGGACAGCCAGUGGAAAGACACGGACCAAAUACUGAUCCAAAGGAUUUAUUAGAAUGUUUGGAAAAAUAUUGGUAA